AUGCUGCCAGUGGUGCUGGGGCUUCUGGGCAUCCUGUCCCCCUGGGGCAUUGGGGGUGUGGGGACUUCAGCCCCCAGGCAAGAGCGUCUGGCCAGGACUACACUUCAAGCUCUGUCUGAACAGGGGACUCUCCUGCUGAAGGCUGUCCAGAGAAAAGCCUCCCUGGCUAUAGAAAGAGCGACAUUGGAAUACAGACGCAGGCUUCUGGUGUGCCAGGCUUGUGUUAACCACACCUCGCCUUGUCCUGGGCUUCAGAGCCAGCAGCCUCAUGUCCACAACGUUCCUGGACAACAGAAGCUGGUGACUUGUGGCCUUCAGAGCCGUGGAACUGCCAAUGGGACAUGGGCCCGGGGCAGAAUAGUGGGGGGCAAGGAGGCAUCCCCGGGCUCCUGGCCGUGGCUGGUGUCGCUGAGAAUGAAUGGGCAGCCCAUGUGUGGAGGUGUCCUUGUCGGGGAUGCCUGGGUCCUCACUGCUGCUCACUGUUUUGCAAGCCUUCAGAAUGAGCUCCUGUGGACAGUGACCCUGAACAGUGCCCCUGGGGAGAGGCAGGAGGAGGGGAUCCCUGUUAACCGCAUUCUGCCGCACCCCAAGUUUGACCCCCAGACCUUUCAAAAUGACUUGGCUUUGGUGGAGCUAUGGGCACCGGUGCUGCCAUUCAAGUGGGCACGGCCUAUUUGUCUGCCUGAGGAGCCCAGAGAGCCUCCAGCGGGCACCAUCUGUUCCAUUGCUGGCUGGGGAGCUGUCUACGAAGAUGGGCCUGCGGCUAAGAGCGUGAUGGAGGCCAGGGUGCCCUUGCUCAGCUUGGACACUUGCCGGACAGCUCUGGGGACAGCGCUUCACCCCAGCACCAUGCUCUGUGCUGGCUAUCCGUCUGGAGGAGUGGACUCCUGUCAGGGUGACUCAGGGGGGCCUCUGACAUGUUCAGUGCCUGGGCCCCCCCUGAGGGAGGUCCUCUAUGGUAUCACCUCCUGGGGGGAUGGCUGUGGAGAGCCAGGCAAACCUGGGGUGUACACCCGCGUGGCAGCUUUUGGGGACUGGAUCCACCAGCAGAGGAGUGCCCCUCCUUCCAGCCGGGAGCCCAGCUGCCGGGAGUUUUUGGCUCUGGACACCCAGGAGGACCCUUCUGCGGAAUUUGCAUAUCUCUGUGCCUUCUAUGAGCGCUCCUGCCCUGCACCUCAGGAAUCCAGUGCCUGCAUCCUCCUGUCCCAGAAGAAAUGUCAGCUGCGCAGGAGCAGAUGUGAGCUGCGCUCUCUGGUCCAGACCCUGCUGAGCCUACUCAGAGAUGCCCAGGACUUCUUCUCCCGCCACUUGGGUCUGCCUCAGCUUGGCCUAGGGCUUCUGGAACAUUCCUGGCUUCCUCCCAGAGCUCCGUGGCGGGGCCAGGGCACAGCUCCCCGAGGAGAUGCCCCCUUACCCCAGGGGAGGCAGGAGCAGGAGGCAGAAGUGAAAGGCUGCCCUGGGCUGGAUGCUCUGGGUCAAAAAUUGGCUGACCUUCGAAGAGCUCAUGCCUGGAUCCUGCAAGUGCCCCAUGACCAGCUGGCAAUGGACUUUCAGGAGAUCCUGGCUGACCUGGGCUCCAGGACUCAGAAGGGACUCUUUCAGGCCCAAGUCAGGGCAGUCGUAGGGGGCCGGAUGGUGGUCUUUGUCACCAUGAUCGGAUUGGAGCCUGCUACCCUCACUCAUAGCCUCCCUGGCCUUUUGGCCCAGGCUUUGAGGACCUUCAGAGCUGGGCCCCCAACAUAG